AUGUUGACUUUAGAGUGGGAGUCGGAAGGACUGCAAACAGUGGGUAUUGUUGUGAUUAUAUGUGCGUCUCUGAAGCUGCUUCAUUUGCUGGGACUGAUUGAUUUUUCGGAAGACAGUGUCGAAGAUGAAAUGGAAAUGGCCACUGUGCGGCAUCGGCCUGAAGCUCUUGAACUGCUGGAAGCCCAGAGCAAAUUCACCAAGAAGGAACUUCAGAUUCUCUACCGAGGAUUCAAGAAUGAAUGCCCCAGUGGUGUUGUUAAUGAAGAAACCUUCAAAGAGAUUUACUCUCAGUUCUUUCCACAGGGAGAUUCAACAACAUAUGCACAUUUUCUGUUCAAUGCAUUUGAUACGGAUCACAAUGGAUCUGUGAGCUUUGAGGACUUUGUGAUGGGUCUUUCUAUUUUGCUUCGAGGGACUGUACAAGAAAAACUCAACUGGGCAUUUAAUUUGUAUGACAUAAACAAAGACGGAUGUAUAACUAAAGAGGAAAUGCUUGACAUAAUGAAAGCGAUAUACGAUAUGAUGGGUAAAUGUACAUACCCUGUUCUUAAAGAGGAUGCCCCCAGACAACAUGUGGAAACAUUUUUCCAGAAAAUGGACAAAAAUAAAGAUGGGGUAGUUACCAUAGAUGAAUUCAUCGAAAGCUGCCAAAAAGAUGAAAAUAUAAUGCGCUCCAUGCAACUCUUUGAAAAUGUGAUUUAA